AUGAGAGACAGCAAUAUAUUCCAGCUAAAAACUCACUAAAAAUACUAACUCUUGUUAGGGGAUUAGAUAAUUAAUCAGUUUUUUCGAAGGAAUAGUCAUAAUCAUGUGUAACCUGGAGAAAAGCUAUUAUUAAAAUUCAAUGAAUAAAUAAAAAUAUUUGAGGCUGUAUCAAAUUUAAAUUUUACCUAUUCCCCAAGUGAUUAAGAAGUUUAAAUAGCAUAAAACAUUAGUAAACGUAUCUCUGCUAGAAUAAAGCAUUACGGUGGUAACUUCUAAACUAGGUAGAAAUAGCAAAUAAUUGUAGAUCGAAAAAACGAGUGA